ACAAUUGUAUUUAAAUAGAAUGUAAAAUUUUUAAAACUAUUUAUUUUAUAAAUUUAAUUGACAAAAAUUUUCAUUGUAUUGUAAAAAUGUUAGACACAUUAAAGUUUAUUAUUUUAUUUUUUAUAGCUUUCAAUGUUUCUUCAGUAUUUAGUGCCAUCACAUGUCCGGACAGUUGGACAACAACGACAGACAAAACAGGAAAGGUCUCUAAAUGUUACAAAGCAUUGACUGAUCAGUUGUCAGUGACUGACGGUGAGUCCCAGUGCUCUAAAGCCAACUCCAGUGCCACUUUGGUUUCGGCCGUAACAAUGGUCGAAGAGAAUGAUAUCGUUGUGGUUAACGGAUUGAAAGACAAAGCUGUUGUCUGGAUUGAUGCCGAAUGGGAUAAGAGUACCAAACAGUUUCGAUGGCACAGUUCGGGCGAUCCGUUACAUUACGCCAACUUCAAUGCCGACGCUGUCAUUGAUGGCACCAAUCCGUGUGUUUAUUUAGAGGUCAGCGGUGCAGGCGAUACCCUAACACACGACUGGAUGACUGAUAAAUGUGACCAAAAGAAAACAGUAAUUUGUCAGAUUGGCGGCGCUUCCGAUACCGAUCUCAAUACGAAAGUCAAUAAAAUUGUUAAACAAAUGGCAGAUUUGCAAAAAAAUAUGAUUCCCAUUGGCUUCAUAUAUGUCCAGUUGUCGGGACAGUCAGAUCCUAAAAAACUUUGGCCGAAUUACACGUGGAGUAAUGUGACCAAUGACUACGCCGGACUGUUUUUUAGAGCUGCGAGUAAUACCAGUGCACUGUUUGACGCCAAAAAAGUCAACAUUCAAGAGGCCGGGGAGCGUAUGAUUACACACAUCAAUGCCGUUGGUCUAAAUCAAGUGAGUCAUACGGAUAAGACUCAGGAACGAGACAUACAGUUACCAGUCGACGGCAAUACCACUGAGUUAGUCCCGGGAGAGGCUCUCAACUCUUUGAAGUUUACCGUUCAAAAUGAUGAACUCCGACCUCGAAAUACAGCCAUUUUGAUUUGGAAACGAACCAAAUAAUACAUUUAUAAUUAUUAUAUAAUAUAUUAAUAUAUA